GCAAUGAAAAGGCAGGGCAAAACCUUAAGGCGAGGGCCGAAGGCCCGAAACAAUGAAAAGGCAGGGCAAAACUUUAACGGCGAGGGUCGAAGGCCCGAAGCAAUGAAAAGGCAGGGCAAAACUUUACCGGCGAGGGCCGAAGGCCCGAAGCAAUGAAAAGGCAGGGCAAAACCUUAAGGCGAGGGCCGAAGGCCCGAAACAAUGAAAAGGCAGGGCAAAACUUUAACGGCGAGGGUAAUCAAAUAUAUUCCAAGCAUCCAA